AUGUCAUUUGCUAAUAUCGACCUCGAGGCUCAGAAGAAGCCCUUAUUGCUGCAAGCUGCGUCAGACAAGUAUACCGAUCUGGAGUCUAACGAUUUGGAUAAGAUUAUUGAUAAAACUUCGAAGCAACUACAAACAUUUAAUCAACAAGUUACACAACUUGAUCAACAACGGAGACAGCUAGGCUCGAAAAGGGACUGCGUACAGCUUCGGUCUAAUCUCGACUCCUCAAUAGAGCAUAUAAGUGAGCUACAGACUGCAAUACAACACUUGAUUGCAAACUUGUCCCAGUUGAUCAAUGUUUCUGCGGGAGACAAAUCCAACGACACAGACAAGGUUAGGGUUAGUACUCGCCACAUUGUUAUCAAGGAAAGAAUUGUUACCGAGUUUAAUGAGUUGGAGAAGAAGUUUAAACGGUUAGUGAAGGUGUAUCAAGAAAAGAAGAGAGUGACUCCAAUUAUUUCUAAAAUUGACUUGAAUGUGGGUAAAGAGCCUAAUCAUGCUACCAACGAAAGACAAGUUCAGAGCCAGGUACAAGUGGAGCCUGAGCUUGAUCAAGACUUGAUUGAACAAACCGAACUACAAUACCAUUUACAGCUAACUGAAGAGCGAAACCGAGAGAUUGAACAGGUAACAGAGGGUAUAAUGGAGGUGAAUUCGAUUUUCAAAGAUUUGGAUCAACUUAUACACCAACAGGGAGAACAACUUAAUACAGUCGAAGACAAUAUAUUGCAAUUACACGGUAAUACACAACAAGCAGACAGAGAACUAACUAAAGCAAACAACUAUCAAAAACUGAAAAGUAAAUGGUCCUGCAUUUUGCUAACAGCCUUGACAAUAGUGGUAUUGAUAAUAGUCCUUGCCGUUGUGAGCUAA